CCAUAAUCUCGGAUUAUCAAUACCAUGUGGUUGGAAUUUGGCAAACGGAAACUGUGUGGAAGCCCAUAGUAUAUUGACUAUGGCUAGAAACGGAAAAAACGGUGUUGCUCGAAUAAAGUUCUCUGAAAUAUUUGUUCCAUAUCGAAUUGUACAAAUGCACCCUUGUCGCUCGCCAUCAAAAAUGCAGCGAACCCUCGACUGGCCUCACUGGAAACUUAUAGCCAACAACUCUUUUGUCAGAAAUUAUAAUAUAAAAAUAUAAUUGAACAAAAAUAAAUGAUUUGUAUUCUUUUGAAAAUAUUCCGGAAGCGACCGACAAUCAUGUAAAUCAAUGAAAUUUAUUCAGCAGAGAAGUGUAAUUCCUCGAUGCUCCACACGUACUCUCUUUUCCUUCGCCACAUUUCUCAUUAAUUCCACUAAUUAUGGCUUCAGCAACUCAUUUUUUUGAAGGCACUGAAAAAUUACUCGAAGUCUGGUUUUCACCUUCGAGUGAUUCUCGGGAUCUUAGAACAAUUUCUCGACAAGAAUGGGCAGAACUGCUUAAAAAUGUCCGUGUUGAAAUAAUUAGCUAUGAGAAAGAUGCAGAUAUGGAUGCUUAUGUUUUAAGUGAAAGCAGCAUGUUUGUUACAAAACGGCGUUUUAUUUUGAAAACUUGUGGUACUACGACACUGCUCUUAGCUGUGAAGCCAUUGUUGAAGCUAAUUAAAGACAAAUGUAACAUUGAUUCUGUUGAUGAUGUAUUUUAUUCUCGAAAGAAAUUUAGACAGCCAGAAAAACAACAUGAAAUUCAUCAACGCUUUGAAGAUGAGGUCAGUCAUUUGGAUGAAUUAUUUGGUAAUGGUGUUGCCUACACUUUAGGAAGAAUAAACAAAGAUUGUUGGUAUCUCUAUACAUUGGAUGAUGAAAAAAUUUCAGAACCUGAUCAAACAUUUGAAUUACUUAUGUGGAAUAUGGAUCAAGAAAAGAUGAAAAUCUUCACUAAAGAAGUUAGUUCUAAUGGCUCUGAAGCCAGUCAGAGGUGUGGUAUUGAUAAACUAUUACCCAAUAUGCUGAUUGAUGACUAUUUAUUUGAACCAUGUGGAUAUUCCAUGAAUGGAAUACUGCCUGGGGGUUAUUAUAUUACUAUUCAUGUUACACCAGAACCUCAGUGCUCUUAUGUCAGUUUUGAAACUAAUGUAUCCCAAGAAUCUUACUUUGAGCUGCUAACCAAGCUUCUUAAUCUAUUCAAGCCUGGAAACUUUUUACUAACGGUUUUUGCAAAUAAAGCUUCAAAUGCUCGAAACGCCUAUAAAGAUUUGCAAGACGAACCACUUCCUGGCUAUAUGCGACUUGAUCAUCAAUUUUGUAUGUUCAAGAAUUAUAAUUUGACCUACACUUAUUAUGCAAGCAGGCCUAUUAUCUAGGACUAAGUUGGUUCUGGUGUUUUGAAUAGCAAUUCUUUCAUUUCCUUUUCUUAUCUUUGAUAUUGAAAUCAAAAGAGUAGGCAGAUGUUUAUUACAUUUUUUAUUAUUACACGAAAAUCGGAAUACUUCCAUAGCUACAAUUUUUAAUGUUGAAUUAGACUGAAGUUUGAGCUAUACAUGACUACAACCAUAUAUAUAUAUGUAUAUAUAUAUAUGUGUGUGUGUGUGCGCGUCUAUAUUCUGACCGCAGAGUAAAUCUACCCAGAGAUUUUCUUAAAUCUUGUGAAAUUGCAGAUUAGCAAUUCUUUGAAGUCCAUAACUCUGAGAAUUACUGUAAACUGUGCUGUACUGUCUCAUAGGCACAAAUCUGUGAAAUGUGCUUGUAACUUAGAUCUAUAUUUUAGUUUUAUCUCGUUUUAUAAUUUGAAGAGAUAAAAAUUUAUUUGAAGGAUGUUCUUUCAUGUUGCUAUUAUAUUUAUUGUUGUGAUGUUUUGUCAGGAAAAUUUACACCAUUCUGCAGCAUGACCAUAUUCUGGCUGUUAGAUAAGUUUGCGAAAUUUAUAAAUGCCUAGAAUAUGAAAAGUGAUUUUAAAGGCUCAGUUUUUGGUGAUGUGAAAUUGCAAAAGCAGUUACUUUUACAAUGCACACACACACAUGUAUGUAAGUCUAUAGUUGUAUAUAAUGUAUAUUGAAUAAGUGAUUAUACACUGGAAAAUAUCCACAGGAUUGAAGUGAUCAAUUUUUUAACAUGUUAUUAAACUACAUAAUAUUAUUACUUUAAUGCCAUAGCAGAUAUUUCAGAAAUAUUCCAGAUGAAAUUACUUUUACAUCACAUUCAACUAAAUUAAUUUAAUAACUAUGAUGAAUUUUGUAAUUAUUACAAAGUAGACAGUCUUCACAUGUGUCAGGGAAACAGCUGUAGAACAAACUAUUUUGUAAUACCAUGGAGUUGGUUUUUCCAUUCUUCCGAAUAUGUGUGUAUAUAUAUUUAUACAUACACAACACAUAUAUACAUGUCUAUAUCUUAUUUAAGCUGUGUAUUUAUUUCUGGCUGUUCGUGACUUCCGAGUCAGACUAUAUUCAAAUCAAUGUCUCAUUGUCACCAAGUUUGUAAUGAAAUUAAUAUUCUCUGUAAAAUAUUAAACAAAGAAAUUUCAAUACAACUAAAAUAUAUUUGAAUUACUGAACAAGAUAAAAAGGCAAACACUAAAAAGAAUUUCUAAUUUUCCUGUCAGGAAUUAGAAAUUUAAAAGAAUUGUUACUUCAUUUUUAGAUAUAUUUUUUUCCCCUAUUUAUUGAUCUUGUUCUUUUCGAAAUAUUUCAUUUAUUCCAUUGUUAAAUAAUUUACAACAUUGCAGAAAAGCAAACAUUAUGAAUGUUUACAUUUUGUUAUUACUAUUGUUUUAUAUUGCUUCUCUCUUUUUAUUGUUCUCAUUUAAAAAAUUGAUUACAGCUUUCACUAAAGUGACUAAUCAUAAUAAAAACUCACUAAAAGUCACCAACUACACAAAAUAUUGUGUUGAAGAUACUGGUCUUAAAACUUACAAUGUCCAACUAUUCUAGUCAUGGAAUAAGGUUGUAUUAGAAUUUUAACAAAAGAAAUGCAUGAAAUAUGAGCAGUAAGGAACCUCUUUUGAUAAAGAGGAAGCCUGUAAGGGGUAGGUGGGUGAGAUAGUCAAAUUCUGCCUUAUAUUACACAAGAAGGACACAUUGGAUAUCUAAAUAACAAUGAAGAGUUUUAGAUGCCUUAAAAGAAUAAUGGAACAGUUAUAGUUGGAAUCUUUUUUUUUUUAUCAUAGGUCUACUUGGUCAGGGUUUAUUUGGGCUAAACAGAGGUAAGGGUGGAUAUAACUCCUGCCAUCAUUGCAAUUAUUGAUACUCAUCAAGGCAUCAACGAGAUAUUAAGAGGAAAUAACUAUUACUCUUAUCAUUGCAUUAAAAAUAACCAAAUACAAUUUAUUGCACAUAUAAAGUUAAUCAAUGCAUUUAUAUUUUUACUUCUAAUAUAUACAUGGAAAACAUAGUUAAGUCAUUAUUGGCUGAGGGUUAGGGCCUCAUGCACCACCCAUUCGUUACAUCUUCAUGCUCUCUUCAGAAUGAAUAGGAUCAGUCAGUUCCGAUUUCUUUUCCAAGCGUUGACUCCUUUGGUCUUCACCUCUGUCUAGACACUCACAGCCAUUCUGGCUGCCUUCAAAGGCUACCAAGCCCCAUUGUACUACUGGGGGUAACACUUUCUAGAGGCAUACCUCAUUCUCACUUUACAACACAUCAGACGCUAACCCAGAAUUGCUAGGUAAUUGUUGACCCUACAUUGGGGUUCAUCCGUCCUUUUGAUAUGUCUUUGUCAGGCUGGCUUUCUACCAACUGUCCCCCACAAGCAAACCUGAAUAGGGGGAACUUGUUUAGUCACUGAUAACCUGACCAUGCAACACCUAACAACCAUCAUUUUUUCCCGAUAUAGUUACUUGAUUUUUUAGGACAUCAUAUUCUUUUCAUGUAUGACAGUUAUAUGAAGUUGGAAAUAACAAAAAUAAAACAUUCUCAAUAAUA